AUGCCCCGAACCGACAUCUCAUUCCAGACCUCGGACGGCGUGACCCUGCGCGGCUGGUUCUUCACGCCGCCGACGAUCGCAGCGGGAGCAAAGCUUCCCUGCGUGAUCCUCACCCACGGCCUCUCGUGCAUCAAGGAGAUGGGCUUGGACGACGUGGCCUCCAAGUUCGUGGCCGACCUGCCACUAUCAUGUUUGGUGUACGACCACAGAGGCUUCGGCGCUUCAGACACGGCGGCCUAUGCGCCCAGACAAGAAAUCACCACCUGGCUACAGGCGAAUGAUAUGCGUGACGCCGUGACGUAUGUCCAAACGAGAGAGGAGGUCGACAGGUCAAAGAUCGCGCUCUGGGGGUACUCGCUGGCGGCCGCGGUGUCGGUCUACGUCGCUGCCAUUGACCGGCGGGUCAAGGCGGUCGUCGCUCUUGGACCGGGCUUGGACGGCGCAGAGAUCUGCAGGAGACUGGCGCCGCCCCAUGUGCUGAAUACCGCCAUGCAGCCCUUAUUCGAGCUGGAUCGGUUGGCCAGAGCAGAGGGCAAGCCUCCUCUCACUGUCCCCGUGGUGACCAAGGAGCCGGGCGGCCAGUCGGCGCUGCCCAGUCCCGAAUCAAUUUCGUUCUUCUUGCCCUGGGUGUCGAACGGGUCGACGUGGAGGAAUGAACUUACGUUGCGAAGGUGA